AUGGAUCCUCCCAAGGCUUCUGCUAACGGGACGCCAUCUACUGGUCAUUGUGUGGCCGGGCUCACGUCACUACAGAAGGGAAUGAAGGACAGCUUGGAGGGUGCUCGGUUCAGAUGGAUCAACGAGCAAUUGUACAAAUCAGAUAGCGUGGAAGCAGUGAAGCUUAUGCAGGAUAGCCCGGAGAACUUCCAUGAGUACCACAAAGGGUUUCGUCAUCAAGUUUACAGUUGGCCGUCGAACCCCGUCACGCACUACGUGGAGGAGUUAUCCGCGCUGCCGAAGGGCACGAUCAUAGCAGAUCUCGGAUGCGGCGAUGCUGCACUUGUGCGCGAGCUUGCGGGGAAGCAGACCGUCAUUUCCUUCGACUUGGUUUCGGACGGCAUGUAUGUCGUUGAGGCGGACAUCUGCUCCAAAAUCCCGCUUCCGGGUUCUGAGCCUCAGGGAUCCGAAAAGUCGGAUGGCGUAGGGCAGGUGGUCGACGUUGUGGUGUGCGCACUCAGCUUAAUGAGUACGAACUGGCCGAAUUGCGUACGGGAGGCGUGGCGAAUUCUGAAACCUGGUGGUACCCUCAAAAUUGCCGAAGUGGCCAGCCGAUUUGAAGACGUCGAGCAAUUUACAUCGCUCGUCAACUCACAUGGCUUCAAGCUCAAAUCCAAGGACGACCGGAACAGUCAUUUUACACUAUUGGAAUUCAAGAAGGUGCCGCGAGCCACGAAAUCAGCGAAGGAGUGGACUGGUCUUAUGUCUAGGGGACAUGUUCUUAAGCCUUGCGAAUAUAAGAGACGUUAG